GCUCCGCCCCCGCAUCGGUCCCCAUUCACAGUGCGCCACCCUCACCACCACCACCGUCACCAACAAAGCUAAUCGGAAGCUAGACCGGCGACGAGGAGCCGCGCUCGCCGGCGAUGGAUUCGGACUACGGCGUGCCGCGCGAGCUCUCGGAGGUGCAGAAGAAGCGCGCGCUCUACCAGCCCGAGGUCCCCCCAUGCCUCCAGGGUACUACUGUGAGGGUAGAGUAUGGUGAUGCUGCAAUUGCUGCUGAUCCAGCAGGCGCUCAUGUGAUCAGCCAGGCAUUCCCUCACACCUAUGGGCAGCCCCUUGCACAUUUUCUCAGAAAGACGGCUGUUGUCCCUGAUGCUAAGGUCAUAUCUGAGCACCCUGCUGUCAGGGUUGGCAUUGUCUUCUGCGGUAGGCAGUCCCCUGGAGGCCACAAUGUCGUUUGGGGACUCUAUGAGGCUAUCAAGGCUCACAACCAAAGCAGCAAACUCAUUGGUUUUCUUGGUGGUUCUGAUGGUCUUCUAGCACAGAAAACCUUGGAGAUCACCGAUGAAGUUCUUUCUUCAUACAAAAACCAAGGUGGUUAUGACAUGCUUGGUCGGACAAAGGAUCAGAUUAGAACAAAAGAGCAGGUUAACGGCGCGAUGGCUAGUUGCCAAGCUUUGAAGUUAGAUGCUCUGGUAAUCAUUGGAGGUGUCACAUCCAAUACUGAUGCUGCUCAGCUUGCUGAAACUUUUGCCGAGGCAAAGUGCGCAACAAAGGUUGUUGGUGUCCCUGUAACUUUGAAUGGGGACCUUAAGAACCAGUUUGUUGAGACUACCGUUGGCUUCGACACUAUAUGCAAGGUGAACUCUCAACUUAUCAGCAAUGUCUGCACUGAUGCUUUGUCAGCUGAGAAGUAUUACUACUUUAUUCGCCUGAUGGGACGGAAGGCUUCUCAUGUGGCAUUGGAGUGUACUCUUCAAUCACAUCCUAACAUGGUUAUUCUAGGAGAGGAGGUGGCUGCAUCCAAACUUACAAUUUUUGAUAUUACGAAGCAGAUAUGCGAUGCAGUUCAGGCGAGGGCAGAGAAAGACAAGAAUCAUGGGGUGAUUCUUAUUCCCGAGGGCCUUGUAGAGAGUAUUCCUGAACUAUAUGCUUUGCUUCAGGAAAUUCAUGGCCUUCACGGCAGAGGUGUUUCCGCUGAGAAUAUCUCUUCUCAGCUUUCACCUUGGGCAUCUGCUCUAUUUGAGUUUUUGCCCCCAUUUAUUAGGAAGCAGCUGCUUCUCCAUCCUGAAUCCGAUGACUCAGCUCAACUUUCCCAGAUUGAGACUGAAAAGCUUCUCGCCCAAUUAGUGGAGACUGAGAUGAACAAACGCUUGAAGGAAGGCACUUACAAAGGAAAGAAGUUUAAUGCAAUCUGUCACUUUUUUGGCUACCAAGCUAGGGGUGCACUGCCUUCAAAAUUCGACUGUGAUUAUGCCUAUGUGUUGGGGCAUGUGUGCUACCACAUCAUUGCCGCUGGUUUGAACGGUUACAUGGCUACAGUGACAAAUCUGAAGAGUCCAGUGAACAAGUGGCGCUGUGGUGCGGCUCCUAUUUCGUCUAUGAUGACUGUGAAGCGAUGGUCGCGUGGCCCUUCUGCCACUCAGAUUGGCAAGCCUGCUGUUCACAUGGCUAGUGUUGACCUGAAAGGAAAAGCAUUCGAGCUGUUGAGACAGAGCUCUUCCAGCUUUUUGUUGGAAGACAUCUACAGAAACCCAGGCCCACUCCAAUUUGAAGGACCAGGUGCCGAUUCAAAGCCUAUUUCGUUGUGUGUUGAGGACCAAGACUACAUGGGUCGGAUCAAGAAAUUGCAGGAAUACUUAGAGAAGGUGAAAAGCAUUGUGAAGCCUGGAUGCUCUCAGGAUGUUCUUAAAGCUGCUCUGAGCGCCAUGGCUUCUGUGACGGAGACACUGAACAUCAUGACUUCGUCGUCCACUGGCCAGACACAACUCUGAGUUAAACAAAACCAUUUUAUGAAGUGGGAUUCAUACUUUCCAUGGUGAUUGUUGGGCUUAGAAACAGUAGCCCUGCUAUCCCACGGGUUAUUUUUUUCGUAGUUUUGGGGGAGUUCUAUCAGUUUUGACUUCGGUAGUUUAUGAGGGUUUGUUGUCGAUGAAUUUGCACUGAAAUAAUUUUUCAAACAGACUGAUUCUGUUGUGAUCACUUAAUAAACCAAUUUUGUGGCAACAUAAAUAUUUCUGUGGUGCAAUCAGUUGAGAA